GGCGGCGGCGGUUGGCGGCGGCGGUUGGCGGCGCCGCCGUGGAGGUGCUGACGUUCCGGCGCUGCAGCCCCGCCGACAUCGCUACCUGCCUCCGCGGCCGCGUCCGGGCCGGCUGCGAAGCCCGCAGCCUGGCCAAGGGCGACCUGUUCCCCGGCCCGAAGAUGCCUGUCAACAUUGACAUCGUGUAUCCCCAAAUAUUUGAAGGCUUUCUCCCUGUUUGUAACUUGUUUAUUCACAUGGAGCGCUUUCUCCCGGUGUGCCGUGUUAAUGACUUUGAGAUUGCUGAUGUUCUAAGUCCAAAAGCAAAGAGGACAGCUUGCUUCUUGAGUGGCAUUCUCAACUUUAUACAUUUCCGAGAAUCACGCUGUGGAGUCUACUUGGAUUUACAGGCGAACUAUAAAUGAGCUGUGGAGUAACUGCAACAGCUGGAGACAGCAAAUCAAGAGGCAGCAGUGAAGCUGGAGAAGCUGAACACUGUUCCUGUAGAAGAGCAAGCAGAGUUCAGGCAGCUGUCUGAUGACAUUCAGGAAUUGCAGCAACUGCUAAACCACGACUGUCGUCGGAAAACGACAGCUUUGCAAGAAGUGAUCUCACAAAAAAAGUCAGAUAUUGCAGAGAGGACCCGAAAAUUGAAGCUUUACUGCAACUAA